AUGAUCUGGAGCCAUGCUUCCGAUUUCGUAGCAUGGCUGGGUCUAGGACACAGUAAAAGCCUUGACAGCUCUACGAGUCCCACGAAGCAGCCAUCAGCCAAGUGUGAAAAAACGCUGCCUACUCGUCCGGCCUUCAAGCGCGCCUGGAGAUCGCAGUUUCCAGAUGACACCUUACUUCCAACUAUCCAUAGAUCUCAAGACCGUAAAAAGAAAAGAGAAGCUGCUCAAGUGCUUGGCCGUUUCUCGCAGAAGGUCAAACAUGUGCCCACGUCCAAGCAGCUACUGGAUAUAUGGCAGAUCGUGUCGCAAUGUCGACCGUUUGUAAUACAGCAAGAAGAACCUCUUCAAGUGCGGCUAGCAUCGAGUGAGGACUUGGGUGAUGAUUGCCCCUGGCUCUUGCAGAUUGUGCCUGCUAACGUCUUUGCGCAACUUUCGGCCGACAUCUCUGCACGAACUCUGUUUCUGGGAUCGACUAAGGUGGAUAUGGACGAUGCUGAUGUGGCGGUGACCAAUGAGAAUUUAAUAUUGGGUAACAUCGUUCAAGCUUUUCACGGCAUGAAUGAACACAAGCUCGCGGUAGCAUUCUUUGAGGCUUACGACCGUGACCGGAGUGUCUGGUUGCAGGAAGACCAACUCCUUGCAGCAGCCAAAUUGCCGCUUGACGUUCGUAGUGAUGGUGCAAAGGAAGAUGAAGCCAAGUUAGAACCAACAGAGAAGCACGUGCCGAUUGAAAAAGCAACGCGGCUGUAUCGUUCAGUGUAUGCGCUCUAUCUUCGCUCUCUAGCUGCUUUGAAGCAGCCAGAGAAGAUUAUACGGCUGUUUGAGAACGACAAACACCAACUUGAAAGGAUGUGUUAUACAAUUCCCAGCUUGCGUUUGAUCCUUCGCGCUUGCUUUGACCAGAAGAACGGAGUCCUGGCAAGGCAAGCGAUCGACACAAUAUCAAAAUGCUCCCCUGCCGCUGUCAUUCCGCUAGGUUGCUAUGAGCUUGCUAUCCGCGCCAACUUGCGCGAUCGCAACCGGAAAGAGCGUGAUUUGCUGUCUGCUAUUCACUUGGCACGAGCACUGCUCAAUGAUGGUGGCUACAUUCUAAAACCUGACCUUUGGUCCGCACUUGUCAAGGUGAGUUUGAGUAUGCGUCGUCCAGACCUCGCGCUCGACAUUUUUAAAACAUAUCCACGCCAUUGCGUACCAGAAUAUCAGAGCAGUUUUCGUCAGGUAUUGUGGUCAGCUAGCCGCCUUGCAGAUCCUACUGCGCUCGAAAUGAUGCAUUUCUGCUGGUUCAGCUACGAUGCCGCGUAUCCAAACGCGAAGGCUUUGUUUGACGAAAGGAAGGCGUACAAAGAUGUCGUUUACCUUAACAACCCGGACGUUAAAGGAUUGCUGCUGGGAAAUGCAGUGCUGGCAUCAAGCAUUCCUGCGAUCAACAAGGAAGCUGAAACUGAAAUGCUUAAUACGAUGCUGUGGGCAUUGCUGAAGCACCGCCGUGCCAUGUCAUCCAUCGUACAGGUGUUGGACCUCAUGGAAGCUACUGGCUCGAAAGGUGCUGCAGUGACUUUGCGCAAAGCUGUACUACGCAUGUUUGAGUACGACAUGGUCGAAAAGAAGAUGUCGUCGCGUGCUGCAGUGGAGAGCUCACUAAAAUUCUGGAAAGAGCAUUCUUCCGUACUACAUGGUCAGGGAUUUCUAGUGCACCUGCUCUUGGAGGAGUGUAUCGACCGUCGAUUGGAUGACGAGUGCGAGUUUUUAGUAAACUACUUGAUAGACCUUGGUGUGAGUCGUGUACCUAUUGGCUCGAUCGUCAAGAUGAUGGGGGUCAAUGAGUUACGUGGGCACUUUGAAGCCAAUGCUCGUAUCGGCCACAAACUCCUCCAGCAACUCUCAAAAAGUAACCGUGGAAGGCUCUGCGACGAGUUCUAUGAGCGCUACCUAAUGAGCUACCUUCUCCUAGAACAAUUUGACAAAGUGAGUCAAGAGUACGUCAAUUUGAACCUUGAGCAGCGUUAUCCUCACAACGAAGUGAUCCGGACAAUUGUGCAGGAUGCAGCUGCACGAGAGGACCAGCUUGGAAGCAAGAAGCAAGGAAGCAAGGAAUAUAGUGCUUGGUGGUGA